AAGCGACACGGAGGAAACUCUGCAAGACCUGAAGAUGGACAACCAGACCGCGGCUCUCCUGGCCUCUGCCGCCUGCGGGCUGGGAGCCCUGCUGGUGCUGAUGCGGAGCGCCAGCAGACACCGGGCAGCGGAGGACAAGAUCCAGAGAGCCAGGAGCCGGAGGACCGAGAGCCUGCAGCGGGCUGAGCAGGAGGUGCUCCGCUUCAGACAGACGCAUCCAUCCUCCGACUCUGCGGCCAUCUUGUCCCUGUCGCUGCCUGAGUUGACAAAGCAGCUGCGGGAAGAUUCGCUCUCCCCCGAGGACGUGUUUUACUCCUACAUGGAAAAGACUCUGGCUGUGCACAAGAAGCUGAACUGCUGCACAGAGGUUUUGCUGGAGAGUUUCGACCAGCUGAAAAAACUUGGCUCCAACAAGGACGGCCUCCUCUACGGGGUUCCUAUCAGCAUCAAAGACAAUGUCGCUUAUAAGAACCACGACUGCACCUGCGGUCUGAUCAUUAAUCUGGACCAGCCAGCCGAGAAGGACAGUGUGAUCGUGGAAGUACUGAAGAAACAAGGAGCCAUUCCUUUUGUGAAAACCAACCUGCCUCAAGCGCUGUUAAAUUAUGACUGCAGCAACCCCAUCUUCGGGCAGACUGUGAACCCCUAUAAUGCCCAGAAGACCUCCGGAGGUUCCUCCGGUGGAGAGGGAGCUCUGGUCGGAGGAGGAGGCUCCAUUCUUGGCAUUGGCACCGACAUAGGUGGGAGCAUCCGCAUACCUGCCUCUUUCUGCGGCAUCUGUGGCUUUAAGCCCACAUCAGGCCGACUCAGUUCACAGGGCAUUGUUCCAAUUUACCGAGGUCAAAAGAGCGUGCUGUCAUCUCCUGGACCCCUGGCCCGGGACGUGGACAGUUUAGCUCUGUGUAUGCAGGCUCUCCUCUGUGACCACAUGUUUUCCCUGGACCCCACUGUACCACCAUUACCCUUUAAUCUUCAGACGUACCAGAGCUCCAGGCCUCUCAGGAUUGGUUACCUUGAAAACGAUGGGUACACACAGCCCUCUCCCAGCAUGGUUCGCGGUCUCAGAGAGGUCAAAGCGCUGUUGGAGCGGGCUGGGCACACUCUGGUGCCGUAUGAACCUCUGAAGGUGAAUCACGUCGUUAGUGAACUCAUAGUUAAGGGCGUCUUUGCAGAUGGAACCACCAGCAUGCUACAGAAACUGAAGGGAGGACCCCUGGAACCUUGCCUGAAGCCUCAAGUUCAGUUGUACUCUCUUCCUAAGUGGUUGAAGAGAACCCUCGUGUUCCUGUUGAAGCCCUUUAGUCCUCGCCUCCCUGACGUCCUUGGCGCCCUUUGUGGAGUCAGAUCCGCGUCAGAGCUUUGGAAGCAGCAUGCUGCUGUUGAGGACUACAUUUCUGAGACGAUCGCGCACUGGAGGAAACACAACAUAGACGUGCUGCUCUGCCCCAUGAUUGGACCGGCCUUCAACUUCUUAUACUGCGGCAAACUCACAUGUCUCACCAGCUUAACAAUGCUGUACAACCUCCUCAAUUUUCCGGCUGGCGCCGUCCCCGUAUCCACGGUGACAGCUCAGGACGAGGAGGACCUUGAGCAUUUCAGGGGCAAUUAUCAGGACCAGUGGGACAAGCUGCAUAAACAGGCUGUGACCGGAGCAGAGGGUCUGCCCGUGGCGGUGCAGUGCGUGGCCCUGCCCUGGCAGGAUGAGCUCUGUCUGCGCUUCAUGAAGGAGGUGGAACGUCUCGUCAACCACUAGAACAACCCACAUGUUCUGGACCCCACAGCUGGAACCGCAUCUGGCCUCUGGAGUGCAAAUUUUUACAUGAGCUGCGUAAAGUUUAUGUAGCAAAGAUUUUUUUGACCACGGCAGGAAAAUUUUAACAAAUGGGGAUGUAAUUAAAGCGGUUGAUGCUUCUGAAAAGCAGCUGCAUAAUUUGUAGAACAGCACUGCAUUUCUCCUUUAGAGCCAUGUACUGAGACACUUCUACUGUUUUUACCAUUUUUGACACCAUUAAAUGCUUACUUCUGUAAAUUAAUCAAUACUUUGAAUUGCCUGUGUUCAAAUGUUUAACAGAUUAGUAAAUCUUCUUUUAUUGACGGCUGAGAUGUGGAAUGAUGCAGCUGAUCGUCGUAUCCAAGGGCAACAAUUGAAUGGUUUAAAACAAAACGUUGUCAUGUUUAGGAAUGGCCUAGUCAAAGUCCAGACCUAAACCCAAUCGAGAAUCUGUGGCAAGAUCUGAAAACUGCUGUUCACAAAUGCUCUGCAUCUAUUCUGACUGAACCUGGGCUGUUUCGCAAAGAAGAAUGGGCAAAUGUUUCAGUUACUAGAUGUGGUGUGGACACACAUGGUGUUGUCAUUCUUCUGAACAUCAGCAUACAGCCAAAUACAUUUUUAAUAGUGUAAUUUAACAUGAACGUAUGCAUUUGUAUGGCACCUGUGUGCUUUAUUUUUGCUGUCCACAUCCUCAUCACUGAACAACAAACGAGUGAAGGAUGUUUCCGUUCAUAUUCAAGAUGAUUUUGCGUUGAUGCUGUAGCAGGAAAUUAAAAAGAAAUAAAGGACUUUAACGGCA